AUGAAAAAUGUUUCACAUUUUUAUAAAUACAUAAUAGUUAUUCUUAUAUGCAUUUUAGCUAGUAUAAAAUGUAAUAAGAUCCAAAAACCAGGAUAUAGUAAUAUACAAAAUAAAUUAUAUGGGAAUUAUAAUAAUGAAAGCCAAGAAUAUAAAUAUAAAAAAGUAAUCCCAAAUAAAUUAUUUUAUCUAGAAAAUACAAAUAAAUUAAAAGAAAUAUGGGAUAAAGUUAAAAAUGGUUAUGCACGUGACCCUAAAAAUGGGAGUGAGAAAAAUAUAAAGACAGACUCAGAAUUUCGUUCCUCUAAAAGUCCCAUACAAAAUGAUACAGGUGACAAUAAUGAAAUAAUUAAUAAUGUCAUAAUAAAUAAUAGUACAAUAAUUGAUCAAAAUGGAUUAUCGAAUUUACUGAAACGUAAUAACUUAACUACUAUUAGUCAUAAAGACAUUAAUAAAAUAAUAAAAAUUAUCAAUGAAUAUUAUAUUCAAACUAAUCAUAUUUUCUCUAAUGUUUUAAAAUAUGAAAUAAAAAAUGAAAAUGAUAAAAAAACACUAAUAAUAUAUGUCAAUGAAUUGAUACUUGAUAAAGACUGCAUAAAAGUUAAUGUUUAUAAAGAGGGUGAAAAAAGGGAUGAAACCAAAAGUGUACAAAAAGAAGAUGAACAUGCCACUGAAAAAACGGAAAAAGAGGAAUUGUCAAAAAAGGAAACAUCAAAUGAUAAACUACCCAUAAAUUUGCCAAAUACAAAAGAAGAAAACGUAAAUAAUGUAAAAGAAAUAAUUUUUGAGCGUGAAAAUGUCUUGAGUAAGGAUGUACUACAAUAUGAGCUAAGUGUAAAAAAAAAAAAAUAUAGUGAUCGGAUAAAAAAAAUGUUUGAAAAAAAAAUGAAUAUAAAAGAAAGCUCGAUUUUUGUUUGGGAUGAAAAAAUGUAUGACUUGUUAAUAAAAUCUAACUUAUUCAAAUAUAUACAUGUUAGAUUAGCAUUUGACAAAAGUAUCAAUAAGCAUAUAUUAGAAAUAGACGUAGUUGAAAAUAAAAACAUGAUAUUUAUUCCAAGUAUAUCAAAAAGUUUUAAUUCGAUAUUUGAAUUUUGUAUAAAUUUAACAUUUUCCUAUUUACACAGUUUAAAUUUUUCUGACAAGUUCAGAAUAAAAUUUUUUCAAAAUUUAAAUUACAAAAAUAAUAAACAUAAUUAUGAUAUAAUUUUUGUUAAUGAUACAAUAGAGAUAGAAAAACUAAAAAAGAAUUUUCCAUCCUAUUCAAUUUAUGGUUUUAAUACAAAUAGAGUUUACAAAAAAGAACUUAAUAAUUCAUUUUUAAAUGAUUUUAUAAAUAUUAUUAACAAGCAAUGUAAAAAAAAAAAUGAAGAAAAUAGUGAGCAAAAGAAUUCCACCAAAGAACAACGACGUUUCAAAGGUUUUAUACAAACAAAAGAUAUUUAUAAUUAUUUGAAUACAAAUAAGUUUUUCAUUUUUUAUAUUAAAAAAAUUCAUAAUACAAUUUUUGAAUUAAAAGUAAAAAUAAAAAAAAAUGUAUUACAUAACUUUUUAUGUUUUUUGAAAACACCUGAUAAUACGGUAGCUAGCCAAAGUUCGCUAUCUUCUGGAGAUACAAAAGUUCGAAAUAAUUCCCAAAUUAGUAGAAUGGCUCAAAAGUUUUUAAAUUCUAAAUAUAAUUAUUUUAUAAAAAGAAAAACAAAUGAUGUCUUACUUAAUAAAUUAUAUAAUAUUUAUGGAUCCACAUUUAAAUGCUCACUUUCUUUAAAUGCAUGUUCUUCAAAUAUAUUUGAAAAGACAAAAUUUUUAAAUACUUUUUUUAAUUUAAAAAAUAAAAUUGAUUUGAUUUUUUACUUUAAUACAAACAAAAAUUUUUCUGUAGACAGUUUUGCAAAUAUAUCUUUGGAUGAAGAUGGAAAGAAUACAAGCAAAAGCAUUAAUACGAAAAAUUUUUAUUCUUAUUUAUUAUCCUAUUUUAAAGAUAUUAAUAAAGGAAAAUAUUAUAACAUAGACAAAAUAAAUAAUAUACAUUUGAAUUACACAUUUUAUUUUAAUAAAAAUUAUAAAAUACCAAUAUCUAAAUAUGUUUUAAAUCUCAAAAAUGUAUUUAAAAAAAAAAAAUUGAACAACCAAAUUGAUGGGAUAGAAAAAGAGGAAAAGAACACACAACAGAUUAUUCAAAACAAUAUGCUCAACAAAGUAAAGUUAGGAGGAUUUUUCCCUUGGAAUUUUAUUAACCUAAAUAUAAACGAUAUACAAUUAUUAAUAAAUUUAGAAUUUUCCAUAACAAAAAAUUUAUGGAAUUAUAAAGGAAUAAAUCUUUCCAAUAAUAAUAGCAAAUGGUUUGAAAAAAAACUUGCUGAUAUUCCCUAUGCUAUAUUUAAUGAGCUAUUUAAUAUGAGCAAUGAGCAAAAUACACACAACAAUUUGGAUUUUUUUAAGGAGAAUAUUGAAAAAAUAGAAAUAUAUAAGAAUGAUUUAUCCGAUAGUCGUAAUUACAACAUACAUAAUGUAAAUAUAAAUGAUGCCACAAAUGAUUAUUUAAAUAAAAUGAACUGUUCAGUAAAUUAUAAAUUAGUAUUCCCUAUACUUUUUAAUAAUUAUUUUUUAAAUUUAAUGAAUAUGAAGUUAUAUUUAUUUCUUAAUUAUAAUUUAUUUGACAAACCACAAAUAAAUCGUAACAUAUCUAUAGCUAAUAAUAAAAACAAAAAUACGAUUACUUCAAAUUUUCUAAAGUUAAAUUAUUUAAAAAAAAAACAAAAAAAAAAACAAAUUCCAUCAUAUGGAUUUGGUAUUAUAUUUUCAAAUAUUAAUGUUUUUUUGAAUUUUAGAAUUAAUUCUAAAAAUAUGUUACCUUCUUUAGUAAUGCAAUUAAAUCAAGAUACAUCCAAAUUUAAAUAUUUGCUCUAA